AACAUCCUUCAUAGACUAGAAGUGUGGCCCAGAUAAGUCAAUUAUCCAAAAUCUGUGCAAUAACUUCUCACUAAAAAACCUUAUCCUAUCCUACACCAAGCAUUUCUCACCACACCAAAAACUGCUCCACUUCAGUUCCAGCACCAGAACACAAAACCAAAACCAUGGCAACACUUCACUUUCCAACAACCCCUUCCUUCACGCUCACCACUCCAAGAAAGCAGGUCAGCCUCCCUGCAAUCCAGCAGAGCAGCCGGUUUCCCCAUACGACCCCAGGCCGUCGCCUAUCCUGCAUUCCCCGGGCUUACAAAGUGUUAGUUGAACAUGAGGGUAAAACAACUGAGCUAGAGGUUGAACCUGAUGAGAGCAUUCUUUCCAAGGCAUUGGACUCUGGCUUGUCUGUGCCACAUGACUGCAAACUAGGGGUGUGCAUGACCUGCCCAGCUCGGCUUCUCAGCGGAACAGUGGAUCAGAGCGAUGGAAUGCUUAGUGAUGAUGUUGUGGAGAGCGGGUACGCUUUACUCUGUGCAGCUUAUCCAAGAUCAGAUUGCCAUAUUAGGGUCAUACCUGAAGAAGAGCUGCUGUCACUGCAGCUAGCAACUGCCAAUGACUAAACGCUAAGAGUGUCUGUUUGUUCCCAUUUUUUGUGGAUUGAUAAGAUGAUGUAACACAUUUAUAUGUAUUGACUAAGGCUUUGAAUCAAAAACAUGUGUUGCUUACUGCUAUUAUUGAUGAGAAUUUGAGUGUA